AUGGCGCCUCAAAAAUCUGUCGCAGAGGUUCCGCGCAACCUCAUUCCCCGUCUGACUUGGAACAGCUCCUCGUCGCGCCCGUUCGUCACCGUCACUCAUUGUCCCGCAAUUACAACAAGCCAAACACGACCAGUCCUCCAAGGCAAUACACCACUGAAACGACAACUCCUUUCCCAGAGCCUAUCUACUCAGUCUUCUCGGCUCAUCUCCACAUCACCCCGGGAGUUAAUAUCCGCCUACCUCGUUUCCCGAAAUAUCUCUAUAACGACCCCGGCAACGCCAACGACACCCCGCGGCAAUCCCAUCCGACAUAAUGGUGUAUACGUUGCUACGUUCCACCCUGCUCGCCGCGCCUUCCAUGCGACCACAGUCCGACCCCGUGACCAUCACUUCGAUACCCUGAAAUUCGUAAAGCGUCUGCAGGAAGAGGGCUUCAGCGAGGAGCAGUCCGUGGCCAUGAUGCGAGUUUUGAAUGAUGUCAUUCAAGAAUCUAUCCAGAACCUGACAAGGACGAUGGUCCUGCGAGAAGACUCGGAGAGAUCGACCUAUACACAAAAGGUGGACUUUGCCAAAUUGCGCUCCGAACUACUCAAUGCCGAUUCGACUGAGGCGCAAUUGACUCGGUCAUCACAUGAGAAGAUCGCGGCAGAUCUUGCUAAACUCAACUCACGACUCCGGGAUGAGAUCGGCCGAACACAAGCCUCGGUGCGGUUGGAUCUUAACCUUGAAAAGGGACGGAUACGUGAGGAAGCCAAUGGUCAAGAAAUGCGCAUCAAAGAGACCGAAACGCGAAUUGAACAGGAGGUCGCAGGGUUGAGAGAACGAGUUGAAGCUGUCAAGUUCUCCACCCUACAAUGGCUCAUGGGUGUCUGUACUGGUACUGCUGCUCUUAUUCUUGGUGCCUGGCGCCUGUUUAUGUGA